UAUAAAGAGCUGAAGCCAGCAGCCAAGGCUCCCUUUCUUUGGCCGGCCCCAGAACCAGCUACGGAUUCUUGAGCAAGGACAUCCAAGCACAGAGACAUCAUGGUAAAACUGCAGCUGCCAAACCCCAACUUGGAACUGAGAAUACCUUCCCAUGAGGACCUUGAAAACCUUGAGGCUACAGAGGCGGAUUCAAGACCCAAAUGGGAUAAUAAGGCACAAUACAUGCUCACCUGCAUAGGGUUUUGUGUAGGCCUGGGCAAUGUAUGGCGAUUCCCCUAUCUCUGCCAGAGCCACGGAGGAGGAGCUUUUAUGAUCCCUUUCCUCAUUUUGCUUGUCCUGGAAGGCAUCCCAUUGCUCCACCUUGAAUUUGCCAUUGGACAAAGACUUAGAAGAGGUAGUGUGGGUGUCUGGAGUGCUAUCCAUCCCGCCCUGAAGGGCGUAGGUAUAGCAGCAAUGAUUGUCUCCUUCUUUGUGGGCUUAUACUACAAUACUAUUAUUGCUUGGGUGAUGUGGUAUUUCUUCAACUCAUUCCAAGAGCCACUGCCUUGGAGUGAAUGCCCACUUGCUGAUGAAAACAGAACAGGUUACGUGUACGAAUGUGCAAAGAGCUCUUCUGUUGAUUAUUUUUGGUACAGGAAGACAUUAAAUGUCUCCACCAAUAUUGACGAGACUGGAACUGUACAGUGGUGGCUGCUGUUAUGUUUAGUAUGUGCCUGGGGAGUGGUGUACGUGUGCACAAUUAGAGGCAUUGAAACAACAGGAAAGGCCGUGUAUGUAACAUCAACACUUCCUUAUGUUGUGCUUACAAUUUUCCUGAUCCGUGGCUUAACACUGAAAGGAUCAACCAAUGGAAUUGUAUAUCUCUUCACGCCUGAUGUUGCAGAAUUGGCUAGCCCAACCACUUGGCUUGAUGCCGGAGCUCAAGUAUUCUUUUCAUUUUCCCUUGCCUUUGGAGGCCUCAUCUCAUUCUCUAGUUAUAAUUCAAUUCAUAACAACUGUGAAAAGGACGCUCUGACUAUCUCUGUGAUUAAUGGCCUCACAUCCAUUUAUGCAGCUACUGUCAUAUACUCAAUCAUUGGAUUCAGAGCAACAGAGAGAUAUGACAAUUGCUUUAGCCAAAAUAUCCUCACUCUGACAAAUGCAUUUGAUUUGCCAGAAGGUAAUGUAACCCAGGAAAACUUUGAACAAAUGCAAGCUUGGCUCAACACAACAGAUCCAGCAACCUUUGCAACUCUUACAUUUCAGACCUGUGACCUGGACUCAUUCUUAAGUGAUGGUGUUGAAGGAACUGGCUUAGCAUUUAUUGUCUUCACUGAGGCCAUCACCAAAAUGCCUGCCUCGCCAAUAUGGUCCAUCCUCUUCUUUAUCAUGCUGUUCUGCUUAGGUUUAUCAUCUAUGUUUGGGAAUAUAGAGGGUGUUAUGGUGCCACUGAACGAUCUCAAAAUCAUACCGAAAAAAUGGCCUAAGGAACUUGUUACAGGAUUGAUUUGUGUGACAUCUUUCUUGCUUGCCAUUAUUUUUGUGCUGAGAUCAGGAAACUAUUGGUUGGCUCUGUUUGAUAAUUUUGCUGGUUCCAUUCCUUUGCUGAUAAUUGCUUUCUUCGAGAUGUUUUCCGUUGUCUACAUAUAUGGGAUAGACAGAUUUAAUGAUGAUAUUAAGUUCAUGAUUGGACACAAACCCAAUAUCUUCUGGCAGGCCACCUGGAGAUUUAUCAGUCCUCUUAUCAUGUUGGUUAUCUUCCUUUUUUACUUUGUGGUGAAAGUGGGAGAAGAAUUAAGAUACAAUGUCUGGGAUCCCGAAUACGACCUGUUUCCCAAAUCAAUGUCGAUAAAAUAUCCUGACUGGGUUUAUGCUAUCAUCGUAGUCCUUGCAGGAAUACCAAGCCUGUUUAUCCCUGGGUUUGCUAUCUACAAAGGCAUCCAAAGUUUAUGCAAGAGGAGAAAUCCUGGACGGCAGGAUCUGAUCAGUGCCAUAUCAGAAGCAUCAAUAAAUGGAGAACUGAAGAACAAAGUGUAAUUAACUCACCCUCCCAAGGUGUUACAGGAAGACUUUUCAGUGAGAGAUGGUGCAACACUGAUGUCUCCCUCUCCUGAGUUCAGGAUAAGAGCUGUUAAAAGGUUAGCGGGUCCCAGAGUCUAAAUGAGACUAAUGCACAUUGAGUGACUCUCCUUACCAGUUGUGCUGGAUUAGCAGGUGGUUAUCCAAACAUGCACAUGUAAUGCUUUGUUUCCUAUCUUAUGUGUGCCUCCAUGUAGUCAAAUAAUGUAUUAUUAAACAAAAUGCUAUUCGAGUGAAA